AUGGGGAGACUGUCGGGGGAACGGCAGGGACAGCAGAGAGGGAUGACCGAAGACCGAGAUGGGGGAUGGACAGACUGGGAGAGAGCCGCGGACGGGGAGGAACCUUUUCCUCCGCAGCGCUUCUCGGCCCGCCACCUCUCUAACCUCCGCCGGGAUACCGAGUGCCCUGCACCCCCAAUCAGCCUGCAGCCCGCGGCCCCCUUCCUGGGAUCGGGCUCGGGGACUCCAUUUCCCAGCAGGCCCCAGGGCGCUGGGCCAGGCGAAUGGGGGCAGUUCGGCCCCGGGGCCUGCUGGGAAAUAGAGUCCGCACUGCCCAGGGCUGCCUCGCCGGGCUUGGGAGCCUGGGCUGGGGCUGGGGACCGGGCUAGGAGGCUGCAAGCGAGAGGAACACCUGGGCUCUGGAGGCUGUGCGGGCCCGCGGCCCUUGGGGGAUCCUGGACGCCCGGGGGCUGGAGGCGCCUGCCCCUCCCCCAGGUAGGGGGGAAGCCCCGGGAGCGGACGGCCCCAGCCCCCUCCUCCCCUCCGGAACCUGGCCCUGGCCCCGGCAGGGCCUGCGGGGGGCGGCGCAGGGACACUCACCCGGAGCCGGAGCCGCCACCGCCGCAGCAGCCGCCGCCGCAGCCCCGGCCCGGCUCCGCCCCCCCCCCCCAGCCCGCAGGUUGCCGGCUCCGCCCCCCGCCCCCCGCCCCCCGCUCCAGCCCCCAGGCCGGGGAUCGGACCCAGGCAUCCGAACGCACACUGGCCUUUCCCUAA